AUGAGUACUAUUGAUGACGCCGUUAUUUGGGGCAAACGAAGUGUAGAUCCAUGGCAUCGGAUGACUUGUUGUCCGGAGGCUGUUUUCACUGUAAUUGAAUUUUGCCAGGCACAAGGCCCACGACCAUUAUACUCAUAUCCUGCUCAUCUUCAUAAUCCACACCUUGACAUGGACAAUGUUGCUCUUUGGUUGAUGAGUGCUGAAGUUAUUAAUGGUUCUAGUAUGAUAGUUUACAAUCAACAAAUGGCUGUUUACGCAUGCGUUCAUUAUUCAACUUUACUCGAUUUGCACGCUCGUGCAUUUCAGCGACCAAUAUCGUUAGCGCUAUUAACACCUGUAAAACCGACAGUGGCAAUAUUUAAGGAAUUCAUUGAGACAAGUCGACACUUGUUUUUACCAUUACUUGUUUGCAAUCAGACUUUAUUUAAGUCACACCUUGUUCGAUUAGUUAAUCUAACUAAAACAAUGGAAAUUAAAACGCCAGCUGAGAAAAAUUUCCUUUCAUCACUGUCAAAAUAUGCUAAGGCUAAAGUUCAAUCAGUAUCUGAUCAGGCAAAAUGUAUGUUGCAACGGUUUGAAAAUCAUGCCGUGCAGAAGGUUUUAUGUAACUCUGUGUACUGUAAUGGACAUGACUCAGUGAAUAAUGAUAUUAAGAUUUUGGAGCAAUUAAUUAUGGAUCCUCCAGCAUCGCUGCAGGAAAUGAAAUUUCUAACACCAUGUACAUAUGAUGGAUUUAUUAAGACUCUUCCAAAAAUAUAUGAAAAACUUACCAAAACUACCCAGUCAUAUGAUACGGCAACAUUGUUUUGCGCUGAAAUGCCAGUGUUAAAAUUGAAAGAUCGUAACAAUCAUAAUUUAUAUAACGACAGCAACAAUGUUGCAACCAUGAACGUUCUGAAUAAGAAUGAUUACACAAGGAAUCUGACUACUGUUGUAGAAGGUUUGGAUAAGAUUUUAUUUGCUCUCUUAAGCGGUGAAAAAUUAGCGCUUUGGUCAAUAGAGGAAAGGAAGAGUUUGGGUAAAGACUUACUUAAAAAAUUGAAUUUACUACGGGUUUGUAUGCAGAGGCAAAAUGCAUCAUGGAAUACAGGACAUAAAGGCCCUGAAAAUUGUCAAUUGUUUGGUGAAAGUGUUCCACGCAAGACAACCGUAAACGAUUCAAAAGAUGCAAUGCUAUGUGUAUACGACGUUGAAGGCCGAUGGCUUAAGUGUAGGAAUUAUAGAGGUAAACUAUUAAACUUUUUAUCAUCUAAACGAAGUGACUCAUUUCCUACUGAUUAUGCGCUGAUUCAGUAUGUUAUGGCACAGUUAACAGAUUUGUGCUCAAUUGUGUAUUUGGCCAAAUAUACCGAUCCAAAUGAAUUACGAGAAUGCCUACAAGUAGAAGAAGAUGAUUUUAAAAUGAUUAUUAAUUUAUUAGCUGAAAUUGAUUUCCUAAAAUAUGGUUGGAUGAAGGAAAAGAUCAAAAAAGAGAGAAAUUUAGGAAUGAUCGUUGUUAAAAUUUAA